UGAUUACAUCAUACCUCAUUUGAGAUUAUCUAUAAAUCAAAAGAUUUGCUUGCACAACAUGAAUCACACAGUUUUGUCUCUGACUAAGCUUUAAAAAUACCAUUCAUUCAAUGUUCGGAGAAUCUCAACGGACUCUAAACAACUUUAAUUGGAACGUGUGAACUAUUCAUCCUUGUCAAUAAAUGAAUUAAAGGAUAGUUCAAAAAUGAAAAUUCUCUCAACAUUUUCUCACCAUCAUGCCAUUCCUGAUGUGUAUGACUUUCUUUCUUCAGCAGAACACAAACCAAAAAAAUUUGAAAAAUAUCUCAGCUCUGUAGGUCCAUAUAAUGUAAGUGAAUCGUGCAACUUUUUUUAGCUCUGAAAAUCACAUACAAGUAAUCCAUACGACCCAAGAGUUAAAAUACAUACAGCUAUAUAAUAGGUGUGGGUGAGAGAAUUAGCAAUAUUUAAGUCCUUUUGUACUCUAAAUAUCCACUUAAACUUUCAAUUUCAGAUGUGAAGGUGAAACUAAAAAGGCACCACAUAUGACUUUCAGAUGUAAAAGUGAAAGUGUUUGUGUUCUGAUGAAGAAAGAAAGUCAUGCUAUUCCUUUAAGGGAAGAAUCUAGGAUUUAGAUAACACUUGUUUAUUUAUUUGACAAUGCAAACCCUCCAUGCCACUAGAUGGCGCUCACUACAUGACGUUAUCUAUUCUUAAAAGAAGAAGAGCACAUGACUUCCUGUAAACAGCGGAAGUUUUCAGCCGAGGAGUAUUAUCCAAAUAUUCGUGUUCUCAUGCACUGUUCAUCAUCUGAAUUAUCUUCAUAAAUCAUGAUUUACAAUUUACACUGACUCUGGAAUUUAAAAAAAUGCCACACGAAAAAGCCCGCAACAGCCCCCUGGCUAACCCCUUGGAUCGAAGGAGAGCUCUGACCAUCUCACCUGAGCUCAAACGUGACAACUGUCAGACUGAAAGUCCACUUAAGAUCCCCAGGAGAGUUUCUGCAGCUGACGAUGAGUGUGUGGAGAGAGAGGUUUCUAAAGCUCGGAAGAAUAACCACUCCAAGAUCCACUGGACACAGCUGGGUUCAAAUGGUACGCUCUCCCAGUCAGAUCACAGAUUACAAACAACCAGUGAUCAAAAGCACAUAAAAUGGCAGACAAUUCACAGGCGUCAGGUCAAGAUUGUCUUAGAGGAUGUCCUUCAGACAGAGAUCGGGCAGAGCUUUCUAAGAAGUAACAGGCAGAGAUUCAAAUUGACAAACCAAUCAGUAAGCAAACGGGAAGCUAAAGAGAAACAGAGUGAUCAGACCUCUGAGCUCAAAAACAAAAGAACCAUUGUAACUCAGAAAGGAGGAACAGACUCGACUGAACUCAAAGCUUCUUCACCAUACCAUUGUCUGACUGAAUCAUGUACUCCGAAUGAAUCAAGUCCAUGCAAAGAAAUCAGGCAUCCACAAUCCAAUCAAUUGAACUCAUUGCUGAAACUAUCAGAGUCAUCUGAAUUAUCUAGUGACUCUUGUAAACCCAGAGAAAGCGACUCCCUGCAGUCUGUUCAGAUUAAUAAGCAUCUGCCUGAACAGACUAAGACAUCUACUGUUGAAGAGAAUGAAGCACCACUUCUUGAAGGAUCUCCACAGCGUGAGGAAGCAGUUUCAUCCAGAUGUGAGUUCGGACACAGCCCCUCAUCUUCGUUAGCAACCCAAGAGAAAAAAUCACAUUGUGUGCAUCUAGCCAAUAUGAGAGAAAUGACAGAAACACAAGAGUGCCUGGAGGAUGCAAAAGAAGAUAAGGAAAAGCACAUACACCGGAACGGAGAGAUGAUACAAGAUGCAGAAGAGAUUAGAGGAAGUGUGCUAUGCCUCUUAUUUGGCAUCGAUGGGGAGGUCCCUCUCAAAAGAUGUCGUUUGGACAGCCUCUCAGGUGAACAUGUUCCUGACUCCGAGCACAACCCUGAAUGUGCAGAGGGGCAGAGCUUCAUCAAACAAACCUCUAUGCCCAACCCACCUGAACCCAUUGUUCUCUCCAGUGAAGAGGAGGAAGAGGAGGAGGAAGAGGAAAGGGAAGAGGGUGAAGACUCUGUUCUGAACACCCAGGCACCAGAGGGUGCUAAAGACGCACACCGAGUGGAGAGGCCAACAGGAGUUUGUGAGCAGAAAAGAAUGCCCAAACUUCACCAACAAAUAACAGAGAUAUACACACAGAGUUCUUCUAUGUUGGAGCUACAGCUGUCUUCCCUUCACAUGGGUGGAGUUAGUGUCACAUCCGGUGAGAACAUAAAGAUUACAACCGAAAUGAUCAACAUUUAUUUCAAAGAUUCUCCAGGGAAAAUUUCUUUUGCGAUAGCUAACGUGCUUAAAUACAGUGUGUGGGAGGGGACUGCAUUGAAGGGGUGUGGCUUGGUUAAGGAUGACGAGAUCCCGCCCCCUUCUCUGCUCCUCCUAUGGCUGUCUGAUCCUCUGGCCAGCCAACUACACAACGACUUGUCUGUCUUUCAGCCCAAAACUCAUUCAGCUGAAGGCAGUUCAUGUGUAUUGCUGUGCUUGGCUGAACCUGUUGCUGGUAUUGAGAGGGCUCUCUUGGUCUCAUUAAUGGACAUGGUGGGUCUGGACCAGUGCAACCCAGACCUCCUGACCCCCCUCACACAGUCAGACAGUCUGAAACUGCUGGAGACCUCCCAGGAAACACAACUGCUGCAGUUGCUCACAGCCGAAUCUGAUGCACAGGACAACACUGCUGCAGCUGUAUCUGCAUCUGCUUUAAAGUCUCAGGAGUCUGAUAUUCAGCUGAAGUCAGUCUACACGCUGUGCCACAGAAGAGCUCAGGGUUCAAACAGUAUUUUCAUGGCACCCACACCCGGGCCAGAAUGGACACCGUAUCGUCACUGCGGUCCCACACGCAGGCUUAUUCAGUUUCCGCCUCCACCCUCGAAAGGAGCCAUCACCAUUACGACGGAGGACCUGGAGUGUUUAGACAGUGGCGAAUUUCUUAAUGAUGUCAUCAUUGACUUCUACCUCAAGUAUCUUUUGGUGCAGAAGGCCCCACAGGCAUCAGUAGCCAGAUCACAUGUUUUUAGCAGCUUUUUCUAUAAACAGCUCACACGCAGAGACAAUGCUAACGAGGACAGCAUAAGCACACCAGCUCAGGUCAGAAGGCAUCAGCGAGUAAGGACAUGGACCCGUCAUGUUGACAUCUUUGACAAAGAUUUCCUUUUUGUGCCUGUCAAUCAAGAAGCUCACUGGUAUCUAGUGGUGAUCUGUUUCCCCGGGUUGGAAGAGCCCCAUUAUGUGACUAGGGAUGGCAGGGAAUCUGUGCUGGGUGAUGGGUUGGAAGGUUUGGGUGAAUUCCGUUCUGAGGGUGAGAUCCAGGGAGACAACAAAUCCAACAGUGAUGAGGACAAAGAUCCAGAUGACAGCUGCAUAAAGCCAAGUACAUCUCCUGAUCCUCCGAAAUGUACAGAAAGUACCUGUAAGAGACACAUUUUCUGUAAAAGACCAUGUAUUCUCAUCAUGGACUCUCUGAAGUUGUCGGUUCAUGAGCGCAUCUUCAAACUCUUGCGCGAAUACCUACAGAUUGAGUGGGAGGUGAAGAGAGGUAGUUAUCGUGACUUUAGUGUUGACCACAUGGUUGGUUCACACUGUAAAGUCCCUCUACAGGACAACAGCAGUGACUGUGGCCUUUACCUGCUUCAAUACGCAGAAAGCUUUUUACAGGAUCCUGUGGUACACUUUGACUUGCCUUUGAGAUUGGAGCUCUGGUUUCCACGGCAACAGGUGCGAGGGAAACGGGAGGAGAUUCGAGAUCUCAUACUACACCUGUACCGAUUUCAGCAAGGCUCUUUUGGAAAUGAAGCUCUAGAAAAUAGAAUGGAUGAUGGAAAUGUGAAUCAGUAGUUUCGCUUUUAGGUGCGCAAGAUUGUUUUUUGCUAGAUUUAUUUAUAUUUUAAGUGUUUUUGAACCUUUUAUAUCAUUUUAUGCUUUUGUAUACAUUGUUGGAAAAUUUUUAGAUAUAAAUAAAUGUCAAAUGCCAAAUGAGGAUAAA